AUGCCUAUGCGUUUCUGUUUUUUUUCUUGUGUUUUCACUGCGUCGAGGUUUCUUCUACUACUACUACUGCUUAUCUACUUGCUUCUCUACUCUUCUCCUAUGAAGCAUCAUUUAGUUGCUCCGCCUGCUAUGGGAAAGUUAAACCACUAUUGUGGAUCCUUUCAUGUCUUGCUUCUGCUUCAUCUUCAUUGUCUUGCUUCUGCUUCAUCUUCACUGUCUGCUUCUGCUUCGCUUCACCUUCUGCUUCUGCUUGAUUUGUCUUCGUCAUCAUGGCUUAUCUUGCAUGGCAUAUCUUUUCAUGAACCAUCGCUGGAUGUUGUGAUAAUGCCAAGUCCUUAA